CCGCCUGCACCGAAGCGGAUGAAAACAAACACUAACGAUGGCGGCGCCGGGGAGCGACCGGCUGCUGGGUUGAGGCAGGAACGAGCGCUUGGCGGGAGAGGGGAGCCCUGAGGAAAACCAGUCGACCUGAUUACGGCAGCCUGCUCAUUCCUGAGGGCAAAAAGGUCUGGCCUACGAAGUCGGGACCCAACUUAAGGGGUUAGGAAUCCGCCUGCGACCUGUGCUGUCACUCCUGCCCGAGAGACGCGAACCUUCAGCCAGGAGGUGCGGCUGGCCGGCCCCGGGCCCCGGCCUCCGUAAUGAGAGCCUCGGGACACACUCUGGGCAGCUGCUUUUCAGUGGAACGACCUGUGGAAACCUGCGAUCUGUUCUCAUUAAAUAAAUCUCUGGAUUCCUAUAGGCAAUGGAAACUGAUCUCAAUUCCCAGGACAGAAAAGACCUGGACAAGUUUAUUAAAUUUUUUGCCCUCAAGACUGUCCAAGUGAUUGUCCAGGCUCGACUUGGUGAAAAGAUUUGCACUCGUUCAUCUUCUUCCCCAACGGGUUCAGACUGGUUUAACUUAGCAAUCAAAGACAUCCCAGAAGUAACACAUGAAGCAAAGAAGGCAUUGGCAGGGCAGCUGCCUGCGGUUGGGCGCUCUAUGUGUGUGGAGAUCUCACUCAAGACUUCUGAGGGAGAUUCUAUGGAGCUGGAAAUUUGGUGUCUUGAAAUGAAUGAAAAGUGUGAUAAAGAAAUCAAAGUUUCUUACACAGUCUAUAACAGACUGUCACUGCUGCUGAAGUCUCUUCUUGCUAUAACUAGGGUGACACCAGCCUACAGACUAUCCAGAAAACAAGGGCAUGAAUACGUCAUAUUGUACAGGAUAUAUUUUGGGGAAGUUCAGUUGAAUGGCUUAGGAGAAGGCUUCCAGACGGUUCGUGUUGGGACAGUGGGUACCCCUGUUGGUACCAUCACUCUUUCUUGUGCUUACAGAAUUAAUUUGGCAUUCAUGUCUACCAGGCAAUUUGAGAGAACCCCACCUAUCAUGGGGAUUAUCAUUGAUCACUUUGUGGACCGUCCCUAUCCUAGCUCCUCUCCCAUGCACCCCUGCAAUUACAGAACUGCAGGUGAGGAUGCUGGAGUAACAUAUCCAUCAGUGGAAGACUCUCAAGAAGUGUGUACCACCUCUUUUUCCACAUCCCCUCCCUCCCAGCUUUCAAGCUCUCGCCUUUCCUAUCAGCCUGCAGUCCUGGGCCUUGGAUCAGCUGACCUGGCUUAUCCGGUAGUGUUUGCUGCUGGCUUAAAUGCUCCACACCCUCACCAGCUCAUGGUUCCGGGGAAGGAAGGUGGGGUACCCCUUGCUCCCACCCAGCCUACUCAUGGCGCCCAGGCUGACCAGGAAAGAUUGGCAACUCACACACCUUCGGAUGGGAUCCACUGUGCCGUUACCCCUUCCAGCAGUGAGGAUGCUGAAACUGUAUCUAACAGCAGCGAGGGACGGGCCUCCCCACAUGAUGUCCUAGAAACCAUCUUUGUCCGAAAAGUGGGAGCCUUUGUCAACAAACCCAUCAAUCAGGUGACUCUGACAAGUUUGGACAUACCUUUUGCCAUGUUUGCUCCCAAGAAUUUGGAGCUGGAAGAUGCCGAUCCUAUGGUAAAUCCUCCCGAGUCCCCAGAGACAGCAUCUCCUCUCCAUGGCAGCCUGCACUCCAAUGGCUCCAGUGGAGGCAGCAGUGGCAAUGCGCAUGAUGACUUUGUGAUGAUUGACUUCAAACCUGCUUUUUCUAAAGAUGACAUUCUUCCAAUGGACUUGGGGACUUUCUAUCGUGAAUUUCAGAACCCUCCUCAGCUGAGCAGCCUUUCCAUAGAUAUUGGAGCCCAGUCCAUGGCUGAAGACUUGGAUUCACUACCAGAGAGGCUGGCUGUGCAUGAGAAGAACGUCCGCGAGUUUGAUGCCUUUGUAGAAACCCUGCAGUAAAAAAAUGUCCUGAGUACCAGCAGCAUCCCUGUGGUCCCAGGGGGCUAAGAGACCCUCACUCCUCAGUUACUCCCUUCCCUCAUGCUGCUUCCAGAAUGGUUCCCCAUGGGGACCCAGAAGCCUCUGCUCUUGGACCAUCCUGAGACUCCAUGGUGGCAGUGAAGCCUAGUAACUGCGGGUAGAAGGGCUUGCCUCCAGGCCUUUCAGCUAGACCUGGGUUAAUGGGCCUCAGCAGAACCACCCACCCACCCACGUUCACCGGUCAUUAUCAGUUAUUUCACAAAGGAUGUCACCUAGUUCCUGUUGCUCCAGCCUCCUGCCUAGGUCUGCCCUGAAGCUGGCUGGUCCCUUGCCUGCCUGCUCUUACCAUCAACCAUUUGACAUUCCAGCUAGUGGCCCAGAGGCUGGAGCAAGGCAGAAAGAAGGAGAACAUGUUGGGGAGGAAGAAGGGAGGAGGAUCCUGUAGGCUCUCUAGGUAUUUCCUUUAAUUCUUGGGUUCCCCCCCCCCCCCCC